AUGUUUUUCAAACCCAUUAUCGCCUUGAUGGCGAUGGUGGUGGGCUUCGUCUCGGCCGGCGCUGUUAGCUACCCACGCCCAUCAAUCUAUAACAAGUCGGCACACUUUUCAUUGAAAGUGAAUGGCACGGACAUGUACACUGUCAGCUAUGCUGGGUUUGACUAUGUCCAUCUUUCCAUGGACGAAGGAUAUCCCACCGAAUUCCGCAUUGCGGUCACAGACCAAAAGUCGGUCGACACGUACUAUAUUUCGCCGCGCAAUCUGUCUAUCGAGGCCACCAAACAGGGAAAGGAAUUGGUGUUCUCGCUGACAGAAGCGCAAUACCUGAUUGUGAAGAUCAAUGACGAGAAAGAGUUUGUUAUCAUGGUCGACCCUGCCGAGGUAGAUGUGCCCGAUCCUUCGGCCGAUGGCGUUUACAAUGUCCUGGACUACAACGCGGACGACAGUGGUAAAUCAGUGACCAAAGGUAUCCAAGAUGCCAUCGAUGCUGCGUCUAAAAAACCCGGUAGCACAGUCUAUGUGCCUCCUGGACUUUACCAAAUCGGCAACCUCCUCAUUCGCAACCAGACUUCUUUAUAUCUUGCUGGCGGUUCGGUGUUGCGCUUUACUGGUAACCCAUCUGACUACAAGACUCUUUACUCCAAGUCAGACAUUGGACCCGGUACAUGGUGGAUUCAAACCGAGUUCGGUUCCACAGACAUCAAAGUCUACGGCCGCGGCACCAUUGACGGCAAUGGCUACAAUACUCGCAAAAACAAAUUCAUGGCAGACCUGCUCGUCCCCGUGGGUACCAAGAACUUUGAAUGCGAUGGUAUUAUAGUGCGAGACAGCAGCUUCUGGGCGGUGACCCCUAUUCAAGUCCACGAUGCCCUCUUGACCAAUUUGAAAAUUCUUGACCGCCAUGACGUUACCCAAAACGAUGGAGUCGACGUGGUCGAGUCUCAGCGAGUGACGGUGAGGCGCGCAAUUGCAAUCGCCAACGAUGACAGCUUUUCGGCCAAGACGUGGCCAUACAAGGUGGGCACAACUGUGCCUUACCCAUAUUCUCCAAAGCCGCAGUAUGACAUCCUUUUCGACAACUGUAUCGCUUGGACCACGUGCUUUGGCUACAAGAUUGGUCAGGGUGUCUGGGAGGUUCAAGACAACGUAACCUUCCAGAACAGCGUUGUCUAUGACGGCGGAGUAGGCAUUGGCAUUCACCACGAAUUUGGCUCCGAGACAGCUAGCAACAUCACCUUUGAGAACAUUGACAUUGAGCAUUUGCAUGGAACCCCUGGUGGCUUUGGCACUUGGUUAGCCGUGUACGUUCAGGAUUCUCAUGAAGGCGUUGGACCGGUCACGGACGUUACAAUCAAAAACAUUCGUGCGCGUCAGAAGGGAGCGCGCAACGCUUUUAUCCAGGGCCACAACGAGUCUUCUAUUGUUAGUGGAGUGACUAUCAGCGACGUUUACAUGUACGAAAACACCACAGCGGCGACGACGCUGGAGGAGAUGACGGCAUACAACACCACUUGGUCUAAGGAUAUCAAGAUUAUCAAUUCUUGA